GUUCCCGUUAUUGUAGAUGACAGUGGUUGUAAUUCAAAUGCAGAUGUCAAUUUCCAAUUUACUGGGUUCAUGGUAUCAGGUAGAGUUUUAGGUGCUGUUGGUGGAAACAGCUGCCCCAAUAAAUCUGGAGGACCUUCAAAUGUUAAAAUUGAGCUUCUGUCUAUUCAAGACGAUGUCAUUGCUACUUCUUUCACAUCAGAAACUGGACACUACUCAUUUACGAACAUCAUUCCUGGAGUAUACAAAUUAAGAGCUUCACAUCCUAAUUUGGGAGUUGAACUUAGAGGUUCAUCUGAGGUCAAUUUGGGCUUUGAAAAUACGGUGGUGGAUGAUAUCUUCUACGUGCCUGGUUAUGAUCUUCAUGGUUUUGUAGUUUCCCAGGGGAAUCCUAUUUUAGGAGUCCAUAUAUAUUUGUAUUCAGAUGAUGUUUUAGAAGUGCAUUGCCCGCAAGGAGUUGGGAAUCCUCUCAGUCAGAAGAAGGCCCUUUGUCAUUCCAUAUCAAAUUCUGAUGGAAAGUUUACUUUUAACUCUUUACCAUGCGGGGUUUAUGAUCUUCUGCCUUACUACAAGGGGGAGAAUACUGUAUUUGAUGUUUCCCCACCUUCGAUGACUCUAACCGUUGAACAUCAUCAUGUUACAGUUUCCCAAAAGUUCCAGGUCACUGGAUUUUCUGUUGGGGGUCGCGUUGUUGAUGGGAACGGUGGAGUUAGUGGAGCAAGCAUUAUUGUAGAUGGGCAGCAAAAAGCCACUUCUGAUAAUGAAGGAUUCUAUAAACUCGAUCAGGUUACUUCUAAGCAUUAUACAAUUGUGGCGGAGAAGGACCACUACAAGUUCAGUGCUCUGGAGAACUUUUUGGUUCUUCCAAACAUGGCUUCUAUUAAUGAUAUUAUAGCGAUCUACUAUGAUGUUUGUGGCGUUGUUCGAGUGAUUAGUCCAAACUCCAUUGCUAAGGUGGCAUUAACGCAUGGACCUGAUAAUUUUAAGCCUCAGGCAAAACUGACAAUGGAGAACGGCAGCUUCUGUUUUUUGGUCCCUCCUGGUGAAUACCGGUUAUCUGCUUUGGCAUUAAGUUCUGAUACUUCUUCAAGCCCUCUGUUUUCUCCACCAUAUAUUGAUAUCAAGGUCAACUCUCCAUUGCUUGAUAUUGAGUUUUUCGAGGCUCAGGUAAACAUCCAUGGAUCUGUACUUUGCAAACAGACAUGCGGCAAAUCUGUUUCUGUGGCACUUGCCAGAUUAGUUGGUGUAACUGAGCAGGAGAGGAAGAUGAUUUCUUUGAGUAAUGAAAGCGGUGACUUCGUUUUUCAAAAGAUCUUUCCUGGGAAAUAUCGAAUCAUGGUCAAGCACAUUUCUACAGCCGCAACUGAUGAGGACAGUUGGUGCUGGGAGCGGAACAUUAUUGACUUGGAUGUUGGCACACAGGAUGUUAAAGAUGUUGUUUUUGUUCAGAAAGGUUACUGGGUUAGAAUUGUUUCUACUCAUGAUACAGAAGCACAGAUCGAGCAACCCGAUUCAUCCCGUAUUGAUUUGUUGAUAAAGAAAGGGUCUCAAAAAAUUUGUUUGCAGAAUCCUGGGGAGCAUGAGCUUCACUUUCUUAAUAGCUGCAUUUUCUUUGGGAGCCCAUCUCUGAAAUUUAAUACAAUGAAUUUGACGCUGAUUUAUGUCAAUGGAGAUAAGUACCAUCUUAGAGGAGAAAUCCACAUCGACUCCAACUUACUUCAAGGGAUCGAAGAUCCAUCUAAACACCUUUUGGUUGACAUUUUUAAUAAAGAUGAUGCUUUUAUUGAUACAACUCAUGUUCGGCAUGUUUUGACUGAGGAAGACCUUGAAGGCACACUGGUAUUUGAGUACUCGUUUUGGUUGAAUCUUGGUGAGGAAACCAUCUUCGUUCCUCAGUACUCAAGCAGUGCUAUUAAUGGGAAGAAGAUCCUGUUUUAUCCAAGAAAGCGCCAUGUAUCAGUUACAAAUGAUGGUUGCCAGGCUGCUAUUCCCAUAAUUGUUGGUCGAAUGGGGAUGUAUGUUGAAGGGUCAGUCUCUCCACCCCUUGAUGGUGUCAACAUUAGAAUUAUAGCUGCUGGUGAGAGCAUCCAUUCUCCUUUACGAACUGGUGAUUUGGCUUUGGUUACAGAGACAGGGGCUGAUGGAUCUUUUUCUGCUGGACCAUUGUUUGAUGAUAUACGUUACACCGUUGAAGCUUCAAAGCCUGGAUACCAUGUUAAACAAGUUGGGCCCAAUUCAUUUACUUGUCAGAAACUUGGGAAAAUUGUGGUGAACGUUCAUGAUAGCGGAGAGACUGUAGGGUUAUUCCCUUCUGUUCUGUUGUCUUUGAGUGGUGAAGAUGGAUACAGGAACAACUCAGUGAGUGGUGCUGGAGGAACCUUCACCUUUGAGAAUUUAUUUUCUGGAAGUUUUUAUCUUCGUCCUGUGCUUAAGGAAUAUGCUUUUUCCCCAUCAGCAGUUGCAAUAGACUUGGAAUCUGGAGAUUCUAAGGAGGUCUUUUUCCAUGCAAAACGUGUUGCAUACAGUGUCUUGGGCACUGUAACGUUAAUUUCUGGCCAGCCAAAGGAACGUGUAAUAGUGGAGGCACGUUCAGAGUCUCAUGAUUUUUACGAGGAAGCAACAACAGAUGAUGCUGGAAGUUUUCGUCUUAGGAGUCUUCUCCCAGACAUAACUUAUACGAUAAAAUUAGCUUCAAAGGAAGACCACAGAUUUGGAAGCUCAAGGAUUGAGCGUUUUUCUCCAGACCAUCUUUCAGUGAAGGUUGGAACUGAGGAUGUAACAGGAGCGGACUUCGUUGUUUUUGAAGAGCCUGAGACGACCAUUUUAAGUGGUCAUGUUCAAGGAUACAAUCUUGAAACAUUGCAGCCCCAUCUCUCAAUAGAAAUAAGGUCAGCAAAUGACCCAUCUGAGGUUGAAUCAGUCAUUCCUUUGCCAAUCUCUUAUUACUUCCAGAUACGAGAUUUGGCAAAGGGUCGUCACCUUUUGCAGCUUCGACCUGGCCUUGAUGGGAAGAGCGGCAAAUUUGAAUCUGAGGUCCUUGAAGUUGACUUGGUGAAGCAGCCCCAAGUUCAUGUGGGUCCUCUCAACUAUAAAGUUGUAGAGCACCAACACAAACAGGAACUCACACCAGCACCCGUAUUUCCUCUUAUUGCUGGAGUAUUUGCUGUUAUUUUAGUCAUCAGCUUGCCAAGAUUGAAGGACUUAUACCUUGCUGCAGCAGAGAUAACACCUCGGAAGAAGGAAACGCGUAAGCCAGUUUUGAGAAAGCGAGCUAAUUAAUGCCCUCCAGAAGCAUUUUUGUUCCUCUGAAUAUCAUAAGUUUUCCAAACUAUGAUGUUUAUUGAUGCUUUCUAGUUCAUGCUAUUGUGUGUGAAACUAAUAAUGAACAUUGAACUUUUUGUAAGUUUUAUUUUUUGGUUAUAUAUAUAGUUUUAUGAUCAUCAGGAAUACAUGUAGUGGUAAUUUUUAUAUUUCUAGAGGAAUAAUGGUUAAAAUAAGUUCAUAACAUGUGGAAAACUUAAAAAA